AGCCCGGCCGCGGGUGGGCGGAGCUGGUCGGGAUGAGUGGCGGAGGGACGGAGACCGCUGUGGGUUGUGAGGCCGCCGCGACAGGAGGCGGCGGCGGCGGCGGCAGUAGCAGCAACGACGACGGCAAGAAGAAGAGAGAUUCGCUAGGGGCCGCGGGCUCGCCAGCUCACCUCGUUAUCAAGGAUCUUGGGGAAAUUCAUUCAAGGCUGUUAGAUCACAGACCAGUUAUUCAAGGUGAAAUCCGUUACUUUGUGAAAGAAUUUGAAGAAAAACGUGGUCUUCGAGAAAUGCGAGUUCUUGAGAAUUGGAAGAAUAUGAUCCAUGAAACGAAUGAACAUACUCUUCCCAAAUGUAGAGAAACAAUGCAAGACAACUUAAACCAAGUUCUCCAGAAAUUGCAAGCAGCUACCAGCUCAGUCUGUAGACUCCAGCAGAGGGAACAGGAACGAAAACAGAUUCAUAAUGACCAUUUAAUAGCUAGUGAAAACCGGCAUGUAAUCCAGUGGGAUGAUUUCAUGAAAGAACAACACAACAAACAAGCUGAAGUGGAUGAAGAGCACAGAAAAGCUAUGGAGAGGCUUAAAGAACAAUAUGCUGAGAUGGAGAAGGACCUAGCAAAAUUUUCAACCUUUUAAGAACUUGAAACACAACAGUGACAAACUAAUAAGAAAACAUUGACUUCCCCCAAAGACUAUUUCCACCAAACCAUUUAGCCUUUGCUUCAAGCUUAGCAAUAUAUUCAGUGGUACUCAUUCAGAAGAAAGAAACUUCUACUGGAGUCUUAAUGAAAUGUUUAGUGGAAGAAGAGUGCUACAUCUUUCCAGUUUAAGUGCCUAUAUAUGAUUAUUUGAAUGGGCAAGAGUAGGAGAAAAACUUACUCUUUGUUAAUCAGAAUUGCUUUUAUUGAUUAUCUCAGAACUGUAAGUAUAGACUUCUUAGAAAAAUACUUUAAUUCAUUCUUACAGGGUUAAUGUUAGUUUAUUGUUGUGGCUUAUAAAAUAGAUAUAAUAGUUGCCCGUUUUAGCUUCCUUGACAAUUGGAAGAAUGUGUAAAGUUGUAUUCCAAGAGUAAUGUAGACAAAAACAACUGUCUUUGGAACAGAGAUCACCCUUACGAGAAGUGAGAGGAAAACAGCUUCUGCUAUGGCAAAGGUGACCAUGUUGGUCUUUGAACAGACUGAAAGGUUACAGAUUGUAUAGGGCAGCAUAAUGCCAUGUGUUUCCCUCAUGACAAGACAAACUUAUUAAGUUUUGUGGCCUUCCAGCAAUUAAUGUUUUCAGCUUUUAAAACAUGCCUAGAAGGAAAAGAUUACCAAAAAUAUAGUUGAUUUGUAGCCUUUCCAAGAACCAUAAUCUUGCCAUAAUAUUUACCUCAUUUUUGUGUCUGUUUUGCAGUGCGUGAGCUUUAUAAGACAAGUAACAUCUAUACAUGUUUCAACUGCUUAAUGAGUAAUCAGCAAAAUCUGCCAAGGAGUCCCUCUGGAACCAUACUAAGAUUCUGGCUCUGAAUAUACCAGAAGUAUUUGCCCACAUGACAAAUGACCCAUGUUCAAUGUAAAUCCUUUUUAGUGUUUAAUGUCUGUUCUCAUAAGCAGGUGUAUUAUGAUGAAACAUGUACCAACUCUGUCAUCACUAUGCUUUUUAAAAAUCUGCAUUUAACCGUCUAAUUGAAGAACUAAGCUGAUUUUUUAUUUACCAUAAAUGAAGCAAAAUUAAGUGCGAUAUUUCAAGAGAUUUAUGGCAAAUUAAUUUGAGGUAUGGAUAAAUCUUUCAAAUGUUUUUUAUUGCUCUUCAAUAAAGAAAGGCACAAGAAAGAAAAUACCCAACUCUCUCAUGUUAUCUCAAUGUUGCUAGCGCAGAAAAGUGACAAUGCUUGCUUGUGUAAAUUUAUGGCUCACUGUCAAAGCUUCAUUCUUGGCUGUAUGUUGAAAAUGUGAUUAAAGUUAAUAGAGGAGAUGAAAUAA